ACGUAUAGGGACACUUGUUGCCUUUGCUUUCGCCUCUCUGAAACACAAACUACUUUCUUCCAAGCCGCCAACUGAAACAGAAAAUUUUCCUUACGACACUUCCACACUCUGACUCGCACGUUUUUCUGCUUUUUCUUUUUUCCUGGAGUGAAAAUCUCUCUUGAAAUGGAACACUUCAAAACCCCUUUCAAGGGUAUUGCAAGUGAUGUCAGAGGAAGAGCAGCCUGUUAUAAACAAGAUUGGAUUGGCUGUCUUCGUUCAGGACUGGGGAUAUUGGCCCCAACUACCUAUAUCUUCUUUGCUUCUGCUUUACCUGUUAUCGCCUUUGGCGAGCAACUGAGUAAAGAUACAGAUGGGAGCUUAAGCACGGUAGAAACUUUGGCAUCUACUGCCUUUUGUGGUAUUAUACACUCAAUAUUUGGUGGUCAACCCCUUCUGAUACUGGGAGUUGCAGAGCCAACAGUUAUUAUGUAUACAUAUUUGUACAACUUUGCCAAAGGAAGAAAAGACUUGGGCCAGGAACUUUACUUGGCUUGGGCUGGAUGGGUUUGCGUUUGGACCGCUCUCUUGUUGUUUCUUCUUGCAAUGUUCAAUGCUUGCACGAUAAUCAAUAGGUUUACAAGGAUUGCAGGUGAACUUUUCGGCAUGUUGAUUGCUGUUCUGUUUAUUCAAGAGGCCAUCAAGGGUGUGGUGAGUGAGUUUGAAAUUCCCAAAGCUCAAGAUCCAACGUUAGAGAAGUAUCAAUUUCAAUGGCUUUAUACAAACGGACUAUUGGGAAUAAUAUUCACAUUUGGCCUUCUCUAUGCUGCCUUGAAAAGCAGAAGGGCCAGGUCAUGGCGGUAUGGCACAGGUUGGUUCAGAAGUUUCGUUGCAGAUUAUGGGGUUCCUUCAAUGGUUGUUCUGUGGACGGUACUGUCUUUUAGUGUACCAAGCAAAGUUCCAUCCGGGGUUCCCCGAAGGCUUUUUAGUCCUCUUCCUUGGGAAUCUGCAUCAUUAGAACAUUGGACGGUAAUCAAGGAUAUGGGAAAGAUCCCUCCAGUGUACAUCUUUGCUGCCUUCCUUCCAGCUGUGAUGAUCUCAGGACUCUACUUUUUCGACCACAGUGUUGCAUCACAAAUGGCACAGCAAAAAGAAUUCAAUCUUAAGAAUCCUUCUGCAUAUCAUUAUGACAUCUUGCUGCUGGGAUUCAUGACUUUGCUUUGUGGAUUAAUUGGCCUACCUCCUUCAAAUGGAGUCCUACCACAGUCUCCUAUGCACACCAAGAGCCUUGCUGUUCUCAAAAGGCAGCUAAUCAGACGAAAGAUGGUUAAGAGUGCAAAAGAAAGCAUAAAGCAGAAAGCUAGCAACUCCGAAAUAUAUGGCAAGAUGCAAGCUGCCUUCAUAGAAAUGGACAGCAGUCCAGAAACUACAAUAGUUAAAGAGCUGGAAGACUUGAAGAAGGUUGUUAUGAAAGGGGAAAAUAAGGGAGGAAAUGAUAAGGAAACAUUUGAUCCUGAAAAGCAUAUUGAUGCCUAUUUGCCUGUCCGAGUCAAUGAGCAAAGAGUGAGUAAUCUUUUGCAGUCAAUCCUAGUUGCUGCAUCUGUAUGCGCUAUGCCUGCAAUCAAGUUGAUACCUACAUCAGUUCUUUGGGGAUAUUUUGCUUACAUGGCCAUUGAUAGUCUACCUGGAAACCAGUUCUGGGAAAGGAUGCUACUUCUCUUCAUUACACCUGGCAGGCGAUGCAAGGUCUUGGAAGGGGUUCAUGCUUCUUUUGUGGAGUCAGUGCCAUACAGAUAUAUUGUGAUGUUCACGCUUUUCCAGUUGGUAUACUUCCUGCUAUGCUUUGGCGUGACUUGGAUUCCUAUAGCUGGAAUCUUGUUCCCAUUGCCCUUCUUCCUUCUCAUCAGCAUAAGACAGUACAUUCUCCCAAAGGUCAUUCAGCCAAAUUAUCUCCGGGAACUUGAUGCAGCUGAAUACGAGGAAAUUACCGGUGCCCCAAGAUUAUCCCUCAGCCGCUCUUUCAAGGAACGUGAGACACCUCGUCUGGGGAAUGAAGAGGAUGGAGUUGAAAUGUUUGAUGCGGAGUUAUUAGAUGAGUUGACAACCAGUAGAGGGGAGUUGAAGGUCAGAACCGUAAGCUUCAACGAGGACAGGAAGGGUCAGGUUUAUCCAGAGGCUGUUGAGAAAGAAUGAGAUGACAGAUGAGUUGAAUUGAAAAACACGAACAACAGAUAGGCUGAUAACGACGAUAAGAAUAAUUACUUCUCUCCAAUAAAUGAGGUUUAAAUAAAUAAUUCCGCAUCAAUAAUGUUAGAAUAAUAAUAAUAACAACAAAAAAGAACCAUUGGAGGUUGGCUCAUAUAGGAUUUUGUAGCAGAGAGGAAGAAGGUAUGACAGCAACUUUAACAAAAAUCUUUCUCUAUUUCUUUUGGGGCUGAAUCUGACAAACUCCAAUUAUCAAGUCAAUAGGGUUGAGAUUUGGGGUAAAGUUAUGUUGGGUUGAAAUCCCAACAACGUAUACAACCACUCCAGGCCUUCCAAACAUGUAAAAUGCAAAUUUAUUGCACAAAAAAUUGAAUGCAUACAUGUAAAUUGCAUCCUAAAUCGUGCUAUAUAUAUCAAUGUGUGAUUACAUUAUGCCCAAGAGCAUUCAUUUCAUUGUUCUUCAGACAGUAGCAAAAAAAAAGAGCUUCUUCUCCCCAUAGAAAGCAUAACGGGCGAAGAAAUAUGAGCCAGAGAUUGUUAUUUGACAAUGCUGUCAAGUAGGGGAGAUUUUCGUUAAAAUGAUUCCAAAAUUUGAUCAUCUCAGCUUUUAAUGGCAGCAUAUGCAACUAUCAGAUUCUGGGCAAAAUAGAAUGAGUACAAGUAUUGUUUU